AGUGAAGUGGGUGAAGGCUCAAGAAAAGGGGAAAGCUUCUUCUUCCAUCUUCCAGCAAUAUGAUAUCAUCAACAACACAGACCCAGACAAAACAAAACUAAACUUUAACAUAUCACAACACAGACAACAUUAACUAAACAAAAUAAAUCUCUCUCUCUCUCUCUCUCUCUCUCUCUUUCUCUCUGUGUCUCAAAUCUCACCUCUUGCUGUGGUGCAGAUCUCAAGGGGGAUCUGAGGUGAGGUGAGGUUUUGAUUGGGGGAGGGGGAAAGACGCCUCCUUUUUAGGGUUUUCUACAAUGGCCACACCCUUUCCGUUUCCCCUCUCCGCUACUCAGGUGGGUACCUACUUUGUGGGGCAGUACUACCAUGUUCUUGAGACCAAGCCCGAGUUGGUGUAUCAGUUCUACUCUGACGCCAGCACUAUGAUACGCAUUGAUGGCAACGCCAGGGACACUGCCACUGCAAUGCUGCAAAUCCACGCGCUUAUUAUGUCAAUCAGUUUUACUGGAAUUGGAAUCAAGACAGUACAAUGUCUGGAAUCUUGGAGUGGUGGCGUUCUUAUAUCGGUUUUUGGUUCUGCGCAACUUAAGGACUACAAUGUGAGGAGGAAAUUUAUGCAAUUAUUCUUCCUUGCACCCCAAGAAAAGGGCUUCUUUGUGCUCAAUGAUAUUUUUCACUUUGUUGACGAGGAGCCAGUUCAUAAUCUCCAGCCUGUAUUUUUGGCUCAGAGCAAUUUUGACUCAAAAUUAAAUGCUACUAGUACAAUUAAUAAACCAGUUUCCAACUACCUGUUGGGUGGAGAUAUACAGGCAAGGGACUUCGUUGCUAGAAAUGAGGUCAAAGAAAACGGGGCAGUCAAUACCUAUGGAUUUUCACAGCAACAAAUUGCACAAGUCCAUGAAUCUGAACAUGUUCAGGAAGAUGUUAUCAUUGAAGAGUCACAUGGUUUUUUUCAACCUUCUGUGAAUGAUGUGCAAGAACUUGCACCUUCUUCUGCCGAAGAACCUCCUGAGGAGCCCCUAAAACAUACUUAUGCUUCCAUCUUACAGGUUGCUAAAGGACAAGUCACACUAUCUGUAGCUUCUCAGCCAUCUCUGAAGAAGGCGCCUUCUUUGGAUAAGGAGCAUUCUACACCAACAAAUAGUCAGCAAACACCUACAUUCACUAAAGCAUUUGAAAGGUCUGAGAUUGAUAUAGCGGAGGACAUUCCCACAGCUGAUGAUGAAGAUGAAAUCAAAUCUGUUUAUGUGAGAAACUUGUCCCCUACCGUCUCUGCUUCUGAAAUUGAAGAGGAAUUGAAGAAUUUCGGUAGGAUUCGACCUAAUGGUGUAGUCAUAAGAAGUCGCAAGGAUGUCGGAGUCUGCUAUGCAUUUGUUGAAUUUGAAGAUAUGAAUGGGGUUCAUAAUGCAGUCAAGGCAGGAUCUGUUGAAGUAGCAGGAAGACAAGUAUACAUUGAGGAACGAAGACCAAACAGUAACAUCCCUUCCCGAGGAGGAAGGAGGGGCAGAGGAAGAAGUAGCUAUCAAUCAGAAGCACAGAUAGGGCGUUUUGGUCCAAGGAGCUAUGGCAGGGGAAAUGGGCAAGAUGGAGGUGAAAGGGAGUACAACAAAACCAGAGGAAACGCUUUCUAUAGGCCCACUACCCGCCAAGAGAGCGGAUAUUGAGAUUUUCAAGGGUCAUUUAGAGUUGUACGAACUGUUACAUACUUUCUUGGAGGAAAUAUACGAAACAAUAAAUGGUUAAGAUAAUUUAAUUGUUUCUAAAUCAAAUUGUGUAUGGUCUGUUAUUUUGUAACAUUUGUUAAUAUGUGUAAUUUAUGAGCGUUUUCAUUAAAAUUUUCCUGUAGAAACUUCUUAAAAAUCCAGUGAAUUGUGUAUAAUUUGUUAAUAUAUUCUUAAAAACAAAUGAGAUCAUUUUGCGUGCGCUUGGGCAUUUCAAACUAGAAUUUUCAUUACAAGUCAUUGGAACACAAUAAAAAAAAAUUAUAUUAUUACGUUGUCUCAGUCAUUAUUAUUAUUAGCAUCACUUCAUCUUCACAAAAAACAAGUGUAGGUUUUCCAUGGAAUCUUUCAUGUGACUCUGCAUGAACUUUUUUUAUCCCUAACUAGCUCUUUGGCGUAACAAGGAUAGGCAUAGUAGUAUCAGAAUAGAUUAAAACAAGGUCCAUCAAUUAGCGGGUACAUCUCAACGAAUGCCAUACUAAUUAGGGAAAUAAAUUUUCUUAACUAGCUUUUUUAACUUAAUCAUAAAUCAUUUCGUAAGUUAUUAUUCUCCUGCUGAACCAUUACAUACAUGCCAUUCUAGAAAAAUAAAGGCCAAAGAAAUGCAGUUAGUAAAUAAAUGUGAUUUUCUUUAUUGUGGAUGAGUUAAACUUUCUGCUUAGAUGUGUUGAUUGUGUGCAGUUUCUUUAUUCACCAGCAACCACAAGCAUUUAUUUGGCACAUUUUUCUGCAGAAUAUCACUUGAAAAUGGCUCUGCCUCUAAAUUUCAGCUUUCCCCAUCAUCUGUUUCCCAGAGAAAGGACGUAUAUGCUGCCAGAACAUUGCUGAAAGAAGAAAAGUUGCAUCUUAAUUAUUUAUGCAAAUACUUAUUUUUCUUUUGUUCAGAAUUAAGGGCACUUAUAUAGUGCAUUGAGCACUAGUUAUAGAUGAUUCAAUAAUUCUUUCAACGAAGGAUCAAGAAGAGCCUGGCCACCAUGAAUUUUUCUCUCCUAUUUUUCAGAAUUAUAAACAUGUUCAGAAGCAUAACGUUUUAUAUAAGUGUGUCUCAAAACUGUACCUAUUCCCAGGAGUAGCCUGAACUGCUUGCUCAAAUAAAGAUGAAGCUUUUUCCUCAUCA